UCCUGGCGACGUCUCUUCGAAGGAAACCGUCCGAACCCUAAUCAAAAGGCAAUUCUUUCUUUUGACGAAGGGGAGACGAAAGAGUCAGCCAUGGCCCUACAGGUGAUGACUCUCCUGUUUCCAGCAAAUCUCUUCCCUCCUUUUUUGAAGUCCGAUCGUGGGUGUUUUGAUCAAACACGCUUGAAGUUAUCGUCUCAGCUUCGACAUGAAGGCCUUGGAAGCUCGUGUGCAGUCAGGAUGGUGAACACCGGUGGCAGGAAUCAAUGUGGUGUUGCUCGUAGCGAACUUAUUUGCACCACCGAAUGUGGUGAAUGUGGUGCUGCUCGUAGCGAACAUAUUCGUCCUAGCGCAUGUGGUGUUGCUCGUAGCGAACAUAUUCGUCCUAGCGCAUGUGGUGUUGCUCGUAGCGACCAUAUUCGUCCUAGCACAAGUGGUGUUGCUCAUAGUGACCAUAUUCGUCCUAGCGCAAGUGGUGUUGCUCAUAGUGACCAUAUUCGUCCUAGCGCAUGUGGUGUUGCUUGUAGCGAACUUAUUCGUACUUGCGCAUGUGGUGCUGCUUGUAGCGAACAUAUUCGUCUUAGCGCAUGUGGUGUUGCUCGUUGUGACCAUAUUUGUCCUAGCGCAUAUGGUGUUGCUUGUAGCAAACUUAUUCGUACUUGCGCAGCAUGUGGUGCUGCUUGUAGCGAACUUAUUCAUACUAGCGCUGUUGAAGGAAGGUGUGCAAUGUGUGACCACACGGGAUCCGGGUUUUGUGAAACAUGCGGGAUUCGGAUUUUCUGAUUGAAGAAAGGCGAACCACACGGGAUCCGGGUUUUGUGAUUGAAGAAAUGCGUGUCACACGGGAUCCGGGUUUUGUGAUCGAAGGAAUGCGUGUCACGCCAGAUCCAGGUUUUGUGAUUGAAGGAAGGCAUGUCACGCGGUAUUCGGGUGUUGUGAUUGAAGAAAGGCAUGCCACGCCUGAUCCGGGUUUUGUGGAGCAUGGUGAAGAUGCUUCUUCGAAUGGAUUGAAGCCCAUCUAAGGUGUCUUCGAGCUGGGAGUUUCAAAGUUUGAGAUUUUUGGAACGUGGCAAAUCAAUGCAACAAAAGAUCAUACAUUUUUUUAACAAAACCUGUUUAUCCAAAAACUGGGGCUAUAUUAUCUCUUUUAGGCAGUUUAGCAUAUCAAGAAGUGCAGCUUUUCUUAAAAUUUGAAUGAAAAAAGUCGCAGAAUUCUUCAAUACUUUUUAAGUAAAACACUGUUCUCUUAUUAAUUGUGUUUCUAUAUCGAUUGGCAUAUGUUCCCGGCAAUUGAGUCGUCUAAUAGUUCUUGCUACCUGCAUGCUUAUGUUUAUCCUCUGUUGAUAUAAAGGUCAUUAUUAUCUGGUCCUCUUGAUGGCUGAAGCAUUAUAUGUUAAAGUAGUGAGAUGACUGCGCGCAGCACCUCGCCUCGCGCACAGCCUAGGCCCAUUACUGAACUACUUAGUUCAAUGGAAAUACUCCAAAACAUUAUCAAAAUACUUGAAAUAGCAAAAUUCUAUAGCUUGAUUUUUUUUUUUUGUUGUUAUUGAGAAGUGUACAAUUCAUCUACCAAGCAAUGCAUAUAGUUUUUACUAGUAUCAAAACAAGUACAGCUACUCAAUGUGGAGUUUAGUUUUUCCUGUAAAUGUGUUCAUGCCUAGCCUGGAAAACGUAAUCCGGGCGGUGAAGUUUAGCUAUCCUAAGCCUACACUUAAAUGGACAAAAUAUUACCUCCAUUCGUACAGCUACUCAAUGUGGAGCUUAUUGUGAGUUUGUCUUGAAAAGCAAUAGACGUGCAUAUGCUUCUGAUUCUUGUUGGCAACUGUCAAGCCUCUUUGUCUAAAGUGUAAUUCAGUUGAUAUGCAUAUUUUUUAUGCUGAAUUUUGGUGCAUAUUACUGAUUCAGUAAUUAGUUCUUUUACUCAUUGUCUAAAAUUAGGGAUGAUGCUUGCAUUGAUUUUGGAUAACGUUUCUAAGUUUAGAUGAUGAUGAUGCUGAACUGUCUCACUUAGAUUUCAGAUGUUUGCUUUUCUAUCUAUAAAUUGGCAGACAAUAAUGUGACAACAGUGACAAUACCCUCCUGCUGUAGAUUAUUGUUUAUUCGCAGGCUAUCGGCUACUUAUAACAUUACACUUUUUUCAGAGAGCUUUUACUAAUCAUUUGCUAUUCUCUCUGUUAUUUAUCUACUUUUAGUUGGGGUCUGGGAGGGGUUUGUAAGCCGAAAAAUGGGGUCGGUGAUUAAAUCUUUAACAGCCGAUUGUGGUCGCUAAUGCAUACCUUUUCACUUUCAUUGGUCUGGUUGAUGUGUGUUGUCAUGAUGAUUCUAAUACACUUUUUCUUGUAGACUUCACUUCCAGGGUUCAGUGGGGAUUCUAGCCGUGCUUUUUCUAAUCGGUGUUCGCAUGUCAAUUCUUUCGGAUUUCUUUGGAUUGUGUAUUGUGAUCCUGGAAUUGCAGUUAUCUGGACCACGUUGAACUGAAACUCGUUUUUAUGGUCUCAGAUGAAGACACCGGCAGAUCUGUGCAUGGAUUACAACAUCAACAGAAAGGCAUAAAACUUGAACUGAGAAAUGUCUCCACAACAAUGUUGCUUCAAAAAACAUGCAGACCUCCUUAUCUUCCUGACCUCGUUGAGCUGUCUGUUGCUUAAGCAAAAACAUCCUGGAACCUAUGUAACCAUUUACUGUGGAUCAUGACAAUUUGUUUAGACUUACUACAGAAAGGAAAAGAUUAACUCUGUAUGGUUUUUGUAUACUCGGAAUUGUGGUUUUGGUUUUCUUUUUGUACACCUAGGUCAUUUAUACUUGGAAGGGCUGAUGUACAUUGUUCUGUAGUCAGAAUGAAGAUGGUUUCUCU